AGGGUUCGAAUAGAACGUCCGUCCGGGAGCCGGGCGCUGGCGGAGCGGCGCGCCGGCCAAUCAGCGGCGGCGACUCGCGGCCCCCGAACGUUGGGACAGCGGCCCCGCCCCGCGCUGUUGUUUGUGGUGUCGGCCGGCCGCGGGCGCCGGACCACAACAUUCGCCGGCGGCGGCCGAGCGGCAGAGCGCCAUGUCGGGGAACACGGACGAGCUGCGGCACCAGGUCAUGAUCAACCAGUUCGUGCUGACCGCGGGCUGCGCGGCCGACCAGGCGAAGCAGCUGCUGCAGGCGGCCCACUGGCAGUUCGAGACCGCCCUGAGCACGUUUUUCCAGGAGACCAACAUUCCCAACAGUCACCACCACCACCAGAUGCAGAUGUGUACUCCCAGCAACACACCUGCCACGCCACCCAACUUCCCUGACGCGCUGGCCAUGUUCUCCAAGCUUCGAGCGUCCGAGGGCCUGCAGAGCAGCAACAGCCCCAUGACAGCCGGGGCCUGCUCCCCGCCUGCAAACUUCAGCCACUUCUGGGCCUCAUCCCCCCCUGGCCACCAGGUGCCCUGGCUCCCACCCUCCUCCCCAACCACCUUCCACCGCCUCCACUGCCCACAGCCCACAUGGCCCCCCGGAGCGCAGCAGGGGGGCGCCCAGCAGAAAGCCAUGGCGGCCGUGGAUGGCCAGAGAUGAGACUGGGUGCCGCUGGGCGCUGGGCUGGAGCUGGGGGCAGUCCAGGGUUGUGGAGACACAGGAGGGCCAGGGAGGGGGGCUGGGGAGGGCGGGGGGUUUCCUGAAGAUCGCACUGGAAGAUUUUAUAAAAGAAUUUUUGUGGGUGGGGGGACAGUAAACUUCUUGGGCCACUUGGGUCCUUGAGUUUCUCUUCAGGCAAGGUUUUUCCUCUUUUUAAUAUAUAACUAUAAUAUAUAUGAAUAUAUAAAUAUAACUAAUGUAUUUGAGAAUGGAGCGUACCUGGGUGCUGGAGUCAGAGGAGAAAGGCCCAGACAACCCUUCUCUGGGGCCAGCACCGCUUCCCCCGCCCAGCCUUGCCCUGGUCUUGUGGGACAGGGGUGUGCUUCAGAGCCGGAUGGAACGAUCUUCUGUCAGCUGCCUCCUUUCAGAAGUCACACCUUCUGAUAUCGUCAAGCGGACCUCACUGCUCCAGGCCUGGGGGCAGCCCAAUAGCAGCUGCAGAAGGGCCUGGGGCUUCAGGGGCUCCCCCCAUAGCCAGCCCUGGGGUUCUGGGCCCAAGGGUCCUCCCCAUCUCCUCCCCCUCACCCCUGAUUGCUGGCUGUCACCCCUGUCUGCAGCUGGUUGUGCAGGGCUGAUAGGGCACUGAAGAGCCGGCUUGGGUCAAAGGCCAGGCUCUGCCUACUGGGGACUUGACUGUCCCACAGGCACCCUGCCCCUCGGGCUGCACGUCCAAGGUCCCCGGGGAGAUCCUGUGGGUUAGUUCCCACAUCAGAAUCCUGCCUCACCAGGGUGACAUUUUAAUUUAAAAACUUAAAAAGAGACUUUUCUAACUUC